AUGGCAAGUGUAAUUAGUUGGACCCGAGACGAAGAGAAAGCUUUCGAGAAUGCAAUAGCAAUGCAUUGGAUUGAUGAGGAUUCAAAAGAGCAAUGGGAAAAGAUUGCUUCGAUGGUGCCUAGUAAAAGUCUUGAAGAGUUGAAACUACACUACGAAAUACUAGUAGAAGAUGUUAGUGCUAUAGAGGCAGGAAAUGUACCAAUACCAAAUUAUGAGGGAGAGGAAGCCACAUCUUCAAGUAAGGAUCUUCAUGGACUUUCUGGGACUUCGGCUACUGAGAAGAAAUUGAACUGUGGUUAUGGAAGUGGAUUUAUGGGGUUAGGUCAUGAGUCGUCUGGACAUGGAGGCAAAGGAGCAUCAAGGUCAGAACAAGAAAGAAGGAAAGGGAUUCCGUGGACAGAAGAAGAGCAUAGGUUAUUUUUACUUGGUCUUGACAAGUUUGGCAAAGGAGAUUGGAGAAGCAUAUCAAGAAACUUUGUCAUAUCAAGAACACCAACACAAGUUGCAAGUCAUGCUCAAAAAUACUUCAUCCGGUUGAACUCAAUGAAUAGGGAUAGGAGGAGGUCUAGCAUCCAUGAUAUUACAAGCUUGAACGAUGGAGAUGUGCCUUCUCAUCAAGCACCAAUUACUGGUCAACAGGUUAACACAAACCCUGCAGGUCCUGCUCCUGCUCCUGCUAUGGGACCUUCAAUGAAGCAUAGGGCUCAACCUCAUAUGCCUGGUUUAGCCAUGUAUGGACCGCCAGUCGGACACCCGGUUGGCCAUCCUCCAGGUCAUAUGCAAUCGGCUGUUGGAACUCCUGUGAUGCUUCCUCCACCUGGACAUCAUCCCCACCCUCCCUACGUAGUUCCUGUUGCUUACCCGGUGGCACCACCACCAACAAUGUACCAAUAA